AUGAACAAUUGGACAGGUCCUUGUAAAAUUAUUGUAGAAUCACCUGAUUUUAAAAAAAAUCAAAAACAGCUGCUAGGUAUUCAUCCUCAUGGAGUAACUAGCAUUGGCUUAAUGAACAUUGUUAAAAGUAAUAUUUUUAAAAAACUUUAUGUUAUAGUAACUGAAGCUAUUAUAUGGUUACAACCUAUAAUUUGGUCAAUAUUAAGUAUGUUUGCAACAUUACGUGGAGCUAGUCACACUUCAUUUAAAAAUAUAAUGAAAAGAGAAGAAAGUCCCUUAAUUAUGUUUCCAGGUGGAUUCCAGGAAUCAACAAUUUUGGAUUGGGGUGUGGAUGAAAUAUAUAUAAAGAAUAGAUAUGGUUUUAUAAAAUAUUGUAUGCAAUACAAUUAUAGAAUACGUCCUGUAUAUGUAUUUGGAGAAUGUUUAACUUUUAAUAACACAAGAUUUGCAAGGAAUUUGAGAUUAUUUCUAAAUAAAUUUAGUAUACCUGGAGUUUUUCCUUAUGGUGAUUAUUGGUGGUUACCAUUUUUACCAAAAAAAAAUGUACCACUUUUAGUUGUUAUUGGAAGUCCAAUAGAAGUUCCAUAUUUUCCAGAAAACCCACCAAGGGAUGAGAUUAAGAAAUACCAUAAAAUAUAUAUUGAGAGAUUACAAGAAUUAUAUAGAACUUAUAGCCCAAAGUACUUAGAAUCAUUUACUGAUUAUGAAGUAAUAAAGAAAUAUAAAGAAAUUAAAUUACCGGAAAUAAGUUUAAUGUAA